AUGCCUGGUAGAAGUACCACAGAUGCCAUAUUCGCACUUAGAAUGCUGACGGAAAAGUACAGGGAAGGGCAAAAACAGUCGAGUUGUGUCUUUAAAGACCUGGAGAAGGCUUAUGACCGAGUACCGAGGGAAGAGUUGUGGCACUGCAUGAGGUACAAGCACAUACCUGAGGUCUACGUAAGUGCGGUACAGGAUAUGUACAAGGAAUGCAUGACCACAAUGAGAUGCGCAGUUGGUACGACGGAAGGUUUCAAAGUGGAGGUUGGACUACAUCAAGGGUCGGCCUUGAGCCCUUUCUUGUUCGCCAUAAUCAUGGACACACUGACAGAGGGCCUAAGAAAAGGAGCACCGUGGACAAUGUUGUUUGCCGACGACAUCGUACUGUGUACUGAGGAUAAUGAAGAAGCCGAACAAGAGCUAGAAAGAUGGAGGAAUGCCCUAGAGAGGCGAGGGAUGAAGGUCAGCCGAAGUAAAACGGAAUAUAUGUAUGUCAAUGAAAGAGAUGGUGAUGGACGUGUUAGUAUGGAAAACAUCGAAAUCAAGAAGGUCCAAGAACUUAAAUAUCUGGGGUCAACAAUGGACAGAGAUGGAGACAUUCUCACGGAAGUUAGCAAGAGACUGCAGUCAGGUUGGAAAGGGUGGAGAAAAGUCUCUAGCAUCCUAUGUGACAGAAAUAUGUCUACAAAGAUCAAGGGCAGGGUAUACAGAACUUGCGUGAGACCAGCCAUUAUGUAUGGCCUAGAAACAAUCCCCCUCACGAAAGCUGCUGAAAGCAAAAUGGAGGUAGCAGAGAUGAGAAUGCUGCGUUUCUCAUUGGGGCUGACGAGGUUAAAUAGGGCCCCAAACGCGAAAGUUAGAAAGCAGCUGCAAGCUAGAAGAUUUGGGGAUAAGCUAAGAGAAACGGCAAGUCAGAAGACUCGCUGUCGUGUAGUUGCGCCUAAGAUGAGAGCCAUUGCCGUGGGCUUCCGCGGCAUUUGA